AUGGAGUUCCUGAAAGUUAUCUUAGAGGUGGUUGUUGCAUUUGAUCUGCCUGAUGUCUUGGGAAGUUUAAGCCUUGUGCAAGAGCCUUUUGGCCUUCAGGGGAAGCAGCUGUUACAGGGUCCUGUGAAGCCUCUGGAUUGGAGGUAUCCCAUCGUUCCCGAGGUGCAGAGUCAGUUGGUGAUGGACUUCCAGUUGAGGCAACCUGUGACUCCCAGCAGCGUAGUGGUUCAAUGUGGUGAGAACCGGGUUCUCGUAGAGUUCCAGCAGGAUUUUUUUCAGCAAUGUGUUUUUUGUGUAGAUGAUUGGUCCUAUCAGAGGCCUUCAUACUCCUAUUUCCUGGGUGGUGUUAUUAACAUCAAGGCUUCUGUGAAGCAGUUCAAUCUUGUGCCUCUGCGUGUGUUUUUGGACAGCUGUGUGGCCACUCAAGUACCUGAUGUGAAUUCUCUUCGGAGAUAUUCCUUCAUUGAGAAUCAUAGGUGCUUUGUGGAUGCCAAAACUACAGCUUCCAGCUCCCGCUUCAUGCCUCGGUCCCAGGUUGACAAGAUCCAGUUCCAGCUGGAGGCAUUUAUGUUCCAGGAGAGCAACAGACCUUCUAUCUUCAUAACGUGUCUUCUGAAGGCAAGCAGAAAUCCUGUUCCUUUGCCAAUGGGUGGUUUGCUGCUGAUAAUGACCAAGUUUAUGGUUGCUGUGACUGAACAUGUGGUCCUGGUGAAUUUGCUGCUUCUCCCAAUGGAGGCAUUCAGUGGGAAGGCAAGGCCUCACUUGGUCCUUUAAUGAUUCAAGGGCAAAAGAGAGCUCAAUAAA